AUGUCCGCCCCCCGCGCCAACGCGCGCGCCCGCGACGCCGACGUCGUAGACGACCGUCGUCGGGUCCGUCGGAGACGGCGACGCGGCGAGCCCGCGCGCGCUGACCGCGGACGUCGUGAUCGCGCCCAGAGGUUUGAGGUCGAGGUCGAUCGCCGCGGCGCCGUCGCGCUCGACGAGUCGGCACGCGAGCGGGCCCGCGGCGACGAGGAGGACGUUCGGUCGCAGCGCGCCCGCGGACGCGAUCUUCGCGCGCGCGGACGCGUUCCACUGCGGGAGCGCGGGUCGCGGAGCGACGGCGUCGGGUCAGCGCGCGGAGUGGAGUGGCGGAAGAGAUGGCGUCGCGGGCGGCGCGAGGGAGGGAGGGAGGGAGGGAGGGACGGCGGACGGCGAGGCUGUCGGGACGCGGAGGGAGAGGCGGCGACGCGAGGAUCGGAUCAGAUCGGGAUCGCACCAGCGCGAAGACCCUCGGGUGGUCCCCGGCCGCGGCUCGCGCUCUCUCCGCCCUCGCCUCCGCGUCCUCGUCGGCUUCGACGCGCGAGACGAUGUCCUCCUCGAGGGGGGAGAAGAAGUCGCCCAUGCUGCCUUCGCGCGCGAGGAUCUGGCCGACGGAUCUAGCGGACGCGACGUUGAAAAAAUUUCUUCAGACGCUGCGCUGAGGUUUUCGAAACCAUCGAGACGUACCCGCCGGCCACACGCGCCGGCGCGCGGCAGCCGCGUUCGGUCCUUCGAUCCCCCCCGCACUGCCGGUCGACGCGCGAUACCGAUGUCCGCGUUCCUCCCCAACCGCGGCGGCUUCUUCGGCCUCGGACGCGGUCCGUCGCGCUCGUCGUCGUCCUCGCGUCAACAGCGUCGUCGGAUCGCCGCCGAGCGUCCGUCGCGCGCGCUCGUCGCCGUCGCCGCCGCCGCGUCCGGCGGCGCGGCCGC